UUGAUUUUGUUGCGUGAUGCAAUUCUUGAACAAAAAGAAAUACAGUUGUUGGACGAAAACGAUUCCAAUACCAACGAUAUAACAUUGGCUGCUUACUUGAAAAUCGAUCAAAAAAUUUGUGAUUUGACUACUUUAACCAACUUUAUUGUUGAAAAUACAAAAUUAUCUUUGAAAGUCAUUUACCAAUCUUGGGUUCACAGAGAUUCUGCAGGCUCAACUUAUUUGUCUGAUUCACAGCUGAAAAAUAUCAAAACCUUAUCAUUUCAAGAAAGAAGUGAUUUGAACAAGUGGUUGAAGGGUGAAUUGAAAGUAUCGGCCCAUAUUAGAGAUAUAAAUAAUUCCAAUCAUGAUAAUAACUAUGAAAGAAAUAAUAAUCAAAAUCUAAACCGAAAUAACUUUGAUUCGAAUAACAUAAAUGAUUCUUUUACAAACAAUAAUAUUUAUGAGAACAUGAACAAUGAAAGAACAAUCGUUGACCAUAACACAUAUUUACACGGAUCAAAACCCAUUGAUUUUGGAUAUUUAGUGACAGAUAUUGAUUUCAAAAUAAUCGAAAAUUUGAAAAAAAAAUCUUCAUCAAAUUCAACUUCGUUUAAAGAUCGCAAGAGAAAGAAUGCUAAUAAGAUGAAAGAUCCAAUUAUAUUAAUUUCACCCGCUUCAUCUUCUAUUAUAACAAUGGGCAAUAUUAAAAGCUUUCUUGAAGAUGGUGUCUUUUCAACGAAAGAUCCUAUUUCCAGCACUCACAAUUAUCUUGAUUUAUUAAAAGUUACCAGAAAUUCCAAAAAUUUUGGAAGAUUGAAGUUUCUUGUAGUUAAUUCUACUGAAAAGUUCACAAAACCACAAUAUUGGGACAGAGUUGUGGCUGUUUUUACAACUGGUCAAGAAUGGCAAUUUAAAAACUACAAGUGGAACAACCCCAAUGACUUGUUUUCAAAUAUCAAAGGCUACUACUUUGGUUAUAAAGGUGACAUGGUCCCUGAAAAAGUUAACAAGUGGAAUGUCGAAAAAAUUGAAUUAGAAAGAUAUGCUCGAUUUAAAGAUAGACAGGUUGUUGAAUGGUUCUGGCAAAACUUGGAAAAAAAUAUGCUAUCUAAGGGAUGG